AUGUCUUUAUUUCUAGGCUAUGUCAAAACUUGGGCUUCGCCAGGUUACCGGAGUAACAAGAGUAACUAUCAGAAAAUCUAAAAACAUCCUGUUUGUCAUCACAAAACCAGACGUGUACAAAAGUCCUGCAUCCGACACAUACAUUGUGUUUGGGGAGGCUAAGAUUGAAGAUCUAUCUCAACAAGCUCAGCUUGCAGCUGCUGAAAAAUUCAAAGUACAGGGAGAAACUGUAUCAAAUAUUCAAGAAAACACACAGACUCCUACAGUACAAGAGGAGAGCGAAGAGGAGGAGGUUGAUGAGACUGGUGUGGAAGUAAAAGAUAUCGAACUUGUCAUGUCACAAGCAAAUGUAUCCAGGGCGAAGGCAGUACGCGCUCUAAAGAAUAACAGUAACGACAUAGUAAAUGCUAUAAUGGAGCUGACAAUGUGAGUGUUCACAGAAAGAUCUUUCGUCUUGCUCUUGGGUCGGUCCAGCUGAAAAUGAGAUUUAUACUAUUUCUAUUGGUUUAAUAAAGUUGUGGCUUAUUGUUGGUGA